UUUGAAUUAUUAAUCAUAAUCAGAUUAAAUAUAAUGUAGGAUGAAUAUGAAGAUGGAGAAGGAAACUUUUAAGAAGAUUAGAACGAUGAAGAUUAUGAUCAAUUUAACUAAAUUGAUUAAAUGGAUGCUCAAUAAUUUGAUAGUUGUAAGAUUUAAAUGUCAUUAUUAUAAGCAUAAAAAGACAAGAAUUAAUAAGAUUAAAACUAUGGGAAUUAUUCUGGUGAUUAAUAGAGAUAAAUUGCAGAUAAAAUAUCUGAAGAUUUAGAAGAAAAACUUAAAAUGUUAGAUGAGUAUUCUAAAGAUAAAAGUGAAGAGUAAAUUUUAAAUAUAAGAAUGCAUUAAUUAGCAUUAGCAAAAGUAAUUAAAAAUAGAUUAAUUAGAUACUUGUAUUUACUCAUGGUAAAGGAUAAUUUAAAUUAGUUAAAGCACAUACAAAUAUAGGUGAAGCAUAUCUUAAUUAUAAAUGUUAUGAAUAAGCUAUUGAUCAUUUAACUUUAGCAUUAAAAAAGAAUGCUAAAUUAUUUAAUGAAGAAUCAGAAAGUAAAAGUUUUAAUGCAAUCAUAUUAACCUUACUUGGAAAAUGUUAUUUAGAAAUAAAUAGUUAUGAAGAAUCUUUAGAUUUGUUGAAGAAGGCUUAUGAAACAUAAUGUUAAAUUUAUGGUGAUGAAACUGAACAUUCAAUUUAAACAUUAACAUUAAUGUCUAAUUGUCAUACGUAAUACUAUUUAAUAAAUUGUGUAGAAAAAUGAAAGAUUUUGAUUAAAGUGAAGAUUGUAUUACUAAAGUAUUUGCUAUUACUGAGGCUAAAUAUGGAUAUAAAUCUGAAUAGAGUGCUAUCUCAUAUAUUGAAAAAUCUAAAAUUUAUGCUUGUUAAGAAAGUUGGAAAGAUGCUAUCUAAUGUUUAUCAAGUGCUAUUGAUAUGCUUAUUGAAAUUAAUUAUCAGAAAACUGAAUAUGUUGCUGAAUUAUAUUAAUAAUUAUCUACAUAUUACGAAAAAAUUCAACAAAUUGAUGAAUAAAUUGCAUCUCUAUCUAAAGUUAAGUAAAUCUAUAUUGAAUUGUAUACAACUUCAGAUAAAAAGGUUAUCAAAAUUAAAAGAUAAAUAGCCAUCAUUUAAUUAAAAUAAGAAAAACAUUAAGAUGCCUUAGCUGAACUUUAUGAAACUGAAGAUUUAGAAGUUAAAGUAUAUGGAGAAGGAAGUGUCUAAGUAGCUAAAACAUAAAAGAUUAUUGGUAAUUUUUAUAUUCAUUUUUUAAAGGAACUAUCUUAUUGUUAGUCUAAGAAUUUAGAGAUGCUUUGAAUUAUUUCUAGAAAAGUUUAAAAACAUUUGAAGAAAAUGGAAUGAAGAAAGCUGUUGCUGAAGUUAAAUAGAAGAUUAAAUGUGCUAAAGAAAUGAAAGAGAAAGGCAAGGCAUAAUUUAAUCUUAAAGAUAGACAAAAUUUAAUGUCUGAUUAUUGA